GUAGACGCUCAAUGGAUCCCUGCUCUUCCUCCUCCUCCUGCUUUUCCUCCUCGCGAGACUCGCGUGUGAAUUCCAAGGGGCGAAAUAGCCGCGGGGCCAUCCGUGGCAGUCAGAGCCCGGAGCUGCAGUGCCCCCAAGUCAAGGGUUCCUCGCAGCCAGUCCACACCGCUCUCAUGCCCAAGACGUUGGGUGCAGAUGAAGGUCCCUUUGCCUGUGCCUGUGCCUGCUCCUGCUCUUGUGCUGAAGCGCAGCAACAAUUCCGCCUCCAUCCAUUCCCAGAUUGAAGCUCUAACUCUAGAUUCCGAGUGCAGCGAUCAGGAGGGGAAUGGGCGGGACAGUGGCAGUGAGUACGGUUUAGAAGAGACAGAAGAGGAGCAGCAGGAGCAGCAGGAGGGUGAGGAGGCGGAGGAGGAGGAGGAGGAGGAGGGUGAUGAGUCGGAGGAGUCGGUGCCGCAGCAUCCCUUGAACAACGAAUGGACCAUGUGGUAUGUGGAGCCGGAUCGCGCCAAGACCUGGGAGCAGACGCUGCAUCAGAUAACCAGCUUCAAGACCGUCGAGAACUUCUGGAGUCUGUACUAUCACAUCAAGACGCCAUCGCAGAUCAAGAUCGGCAGCGACUAUUGCAUGUUCAAGGCCGGCGUGCGGCCCAUGUGGGAGGACGAGGCGAAUGUGAAGGGUGGCCGUUGGAUCGUCAGCUUCCCCAAGAGCGCCACCGGCGACCUGAACUUCUACUGGGAGUACUCGCUGCUGUCGCUGAUCGGCGAGUUCUGUGAGCACAGCCCGGACCUGUGCGGCGCCGUGGUCAACAUACGCCAGAAGGCGGACAAGAUCGCCCUGUGGACCGCCGACGGGAGCAACGAGGAGGGCAUCCUCGAGAUUGGCCGGCAGCUGCGGGACGGUCUGCACCCAGGGGCCGGUUACGCUCUGCAGUAUCAGCUGCACAGCGACAGCAUGGUGCAGCAGGGCUCUGUUUUUAGGUCCAUUUAUACAUUGUAAAAAGUAAACCACCCCCACC